ACGAAACGGGAGGCGGACUUAGAAAACCUCGUGAACGAAUACGAGUCAACAGUGCGCGUAUUAGAAUCACACACCGACCAGCUCACAGGGGCGACGCAGAUGUCCCGAUUACAACACGAACUAACUGAAGCCAAGGCUCUGAAUGCCGAGUACGACCUCACACUUCAGAAGAUGGAAGCUGAAAUUAAUGAUCUUACAGGGAAAUUGACCGCACGAGAAGCCCAGAUAGAAGGUCAGAUCGGCGCCCAGGCAUCGAUGGUAGAGGAGAACACUCGCCUUAUUGAGAGGGAGAAGGAAUGGCUGCAGACACGUCAAAAUGAAUUCCUGACGGUACAAACAUUGGAACUGCGCCACGAAGAGGACCAAACUACUAAGGAGGCACUAAAGGCGCAGAUCAACAUGAUGCAACAAGCACUGAACCAGCGAUCACAGUCCGCACAGUCAUCCACCGCUCCCCAUGCGGACACACCACACGGCAGCACAGAAGAACAGGUUACGAUAGCUACUCCACCCGCUUCAGAUACUCAGCAAACGACUGAAGCCCCGCCUGCUGCGGCAUCGGUGCUUGCGGGUAAUGAGCGGGUGAGCGCACUAGAGUCGCAGGUAUUGGAGUUACAAGCUGCUGUCGACAAGAAGACCAGCCGUGUGCAAGAGUUGGAAGCGGAACGGCAGGACUCAGCAAACGCUAAAAGUGCAGCAGGGGAUGCGGACAGCGAUACAGUUCCCCGUACAGAUAUCGAUGCUGAGGCGAAGGAAAGGGAGGCUGGGUUGCAGGUACGUAUAGGUGAACUUGAGGCGGUUGUCGUUGAGUUGCAAGGUGUGGUGUCCGAGAAGACAAAUAGAGUAAAGGAGCUCGAGGCGCAAUUGGAUCAAGCAACAGAUACCGGGGAAGUCAGCACUCUGAGAGCUCGGGUAGAUGAACUCCUGACGGUUAUUGUGGAGUUGCAAGGUUCAGUGUCUGAGAAGACGGGUCGAGUAGAAGAACUCGAAACGCAAUUGCACCAAGCAGCUGACAAUGAUGGGCUGGCCACUCUUACAACACGUAUGGGUGAACUUGAGACAGUGAUUGUCGAGCUGCAAGGUGCAGUGUCUGCUAAGACAAGUAGGGUGGAUGAACUUGAAGCGCAAUUGAGUCAGGCCACCGACAAUGGGGAGGUGAUCACUCUUCAAGGGCGUGUAGUUGGAUUAGAAACAAGCUUAAGUGAGAUGCAGGCGGCCGUACAGGACAAACAAAACCGGGUGACUGAGCUAGAAGCCAUGACACAGGAAUCAGCCGGAGCCUUAGCUGCGAGAAACUCGGAGUUGAUGGCGACUAAAAACGCGCUGAGUGUAGAUCUAGAUGCUCUCAGAGUUGAUUUGGAAGAGGCCCAGGCGAAAGGCGUCGAGCUGCAGGCUGCUGUGGAGGAGAAAACCACUGUAGUGGGAGAGCUCGAAACAUCAGUACAAGAGGUAUCAACGGAGAACGCUACUCUAAGGGAAAGUGUUCGUGGCCUGGAAAGCGAAGUUUCUGCCUUGACUGACAAUCUAGAAGAGAAAGCACGCCGAAUCGACGAAUUGGAGCGGUUGCUGCAAGAAGCUUCUGAGGCAGCGGAGGCUGCAGCUGAUGAUGCGGAGAAGGCCGCUCUGAGCGACCUCGUUAACGAACUUGAGGAUCGUAUUGCGAAAAUGCAAGAUGUCAUACACGAGCGAAAUACUGAGGUUGUUCAGCUCGAAAAGAGUCUGGAGGAGAAAUCCGAGGCCUUGCUUGAGAUGGAGAGUGCACUGGAAAGCGCAGAGGAUGAAAUUAUCACUCUGAAUGACGGCACAAGGCGGCUGAUGGAAGCUAUGGACGCCAAUGCGGCUAGCAGUGUUGAUGUAGAAGCUAUACGUGCAGAGUCCAAGGUGGCCAUUGAGGCGAUGGAGAAGCAGAUUGAUACACUUUCAGCCGAUUUUGUCGUUCUGAAUGAGAAGGCCAAAGGGUUAGUUGACGAACGCGAUGCGCUCAAGGAGCAAAUAUCGGCGUUGACGGAAGAACGCGACGCAGCACUCAAUGAGAUUGCUGAGCUGUCACAACAAAAGAAUGACAAAGCCAUGGAGGAUCUUCUCGACGAAAUGACAGAACUUGAGAAUCGGAUUGCAGAUUUACAGGAUCUUAAGUCUUGUAAGUCCUUGGUCAAGUAUCUGAGGACAGCAAGAGACCAGUCCUCCCACCAAGAGUGUGUGCCAGCACCUACUCGUACAACACAUCCAGCCGUUGAGCAGAGCCGCCAUGAAUAA